AUGGCCAUUCAGUUCAAACUUCGAGACGAGCGUAGCGGUCAGACGCGUCGCAUUUCUUUCCCUCACCAGCCCGUUUGGGGAACUCUUGCGAGCAAGAUCAAUACGCUUUACGACAUACCGCUCGAUAAGAUUGCCGUUACCUACAUUGACGCCGACGACGACAAAGUCACCCUCAGUACUCAGGAUGAGCUCCAGGAUUUCUUCCAGGCUACGUACAAGUCUGGAGAAGUUGUAAAGUUCACGGUGCAGGAUACCAGGAUGCCUAGGGUUGAUCUCGAUGACAAGUCUUUGCCCGAGACGCCUCGUCCUGGGCCUACUAGUCAUCGCGACACCUUUGGAGGUGAUCCCAGUCUACCAUUCCAUGUUGACGACGACUGGCAGAACAUCCGUGUCCCCAACUUCACCAAUAUGUUUAUGCCGCCCGACUUGGAGGAACAUGGAUUUGUCGAGUCAGUUCACGACAGUCAUGCUGACUCUUCUUCGGAUGACGAUAGCCUGGCCCCACAUCCUCUUGACAAGGGCAAAGGAAAGGCUCUGGAUAUCUCUUCGUCCGUUUCCACUGAUAGCAUCCCGCCUCCUUUCCGCCCUUUUAGUGCUGCUGACAGACACUCUCUGCCUCCCUUGAGUGCCAACUCCACCCCCCGUUUCUCAAAUAUCGUCCCGUCUCCUCCCAAGAGUGACAAGCCUUCCUCGGUAGCUCCAGUCAUCGGUAACCAAAGCACUCCCAAAGGAGGUGUUUCGCAGGGCGUGAGUGUCCCAGCCGAGUCUGAAGCGCUCAAAGCCAGUAAUGAGUCGGUCGCCGGCGCUACCGAGACCCUGGCAGCCGAAGAUGAUGAUCCACCUCUUGCGCCUCUUGAAGACCCCCGUCCUACUCCUUCUCUCACUCAUGACAUCGCGUCGCUCAUUGACGCCUUCUCUAGUGCCUUUGCAGCUCACCCAGAGCUGUCUGAAGGCUUCAGGAAUCUCGUCAGGAACGCGGCCAAUGGCAGUUACUGGACUGCGCAUCGUGAGGCUUUGCACCAAGCGGCUACUGAAUAUACGCAGGUGGCUCAAACGGAACUGAAGAGGGCUGAAGAGGAAGCCGCUAGCAGGGUUUCCUAUGCUGUUGCUCAUCUCGCUCGCACUGUUGCUCAAGCUGCUGGCGUUUCCGCGGAUCCUCCAGCUGCUGGGUCUAGUGAACGAAGAGAGCCGGCGUCUUCCCCCACGGCUACUUGGUUCCCCCCAUUCCAUCCUUCCCCCCGUGGUCGUGGCCGCGGAGGUUUCCGUGGUGGUGGACCCGGCCGUCAUGGUAGCCCACCCUUUGGACAUCAUGGAUGGGCAUCGCCAUUCGGUUCACCUCCCGGUGCUCGUCGUCCCGGACCCCCGCCUCCUGGUUCGUUCCCUCCUGGCCCUCCUCCUCAUCAUGUAUUCCCUGGCCGCGGAUUCCCACACCCUCCACCCCCUCCUGGCCACGGAUUCCCGCACCCGCCCGAUCACGAUUUCCCUCCCCCGCCACCGCCUCAGUGGUCAUGGAGCUCUCCUCUGCCCCCGCCCCCGCCGCCUCCCGUUGCUGAUGUUGAGCCCUCUAAGCCAACUCCCCAGGAGCUUAGGGCGCAAGUUGAAGCUGCCAAGCUCUUGUACAAGGCCGAGAAGGACAGGUAUCGUCGGGAUCGUGCAGAGCGACAGAGAGCGAAGAUGUGGGGUCAUGGUCUUGUUCCUCCACCGCCGCCGCCUCCUGAAAUGUCUAUGGAUGACAGCAUUAUUCCAAAGACGGAGGAAGCUGAGCCCAUCAUCCCUCCCGCAGCGCCUUCCGCUAGCGUACUCACUCCCCCUACUCCCCAUCUUGUGAGCCAAGCGCGCGGGCGCUACCCCCAGCUUGAGAUGACAGGCGUUCCGCGUCGCGCCAAUACUUAUCAUGGACAUACGGUUUCCCUCAGCCCCGCUGAUAGGGCUGUGGGACGGAUUGUCAAGAAACUUGGCGACAUGGGAUUCACAGAGAAGGGACAUCCCGACAUGACAUCCACGAUUCGCUCCCAGGUUCCCCCCGACGGUGAGGUGUCUAAGGAGGUCGAGGAUAAUAUAGUUACUACGUUCAUCGAAGAGCUGGACGUUGGACAUCAGACUCCUCCAAAAGCCUCCGGUUCCAAAGCUGUACCUGGAGCUUGGGAUUGA